AUGGCCAACCAUAAUGAGACCAAGUCUGCCUCCGAGGAGACUACUGGCGUGACCUCUCAGGAGAAUGUCUCGCCUCGAAAUGCCGCCCCCCGAUCCAGUUCCAAUAAGCAGCAGAUUCGCCACAGAGCUUCAGUUGCCUGUGCGUCGUGCCGCGAGCGUCGAAUCCGCUGUGUCGUUCCCAAGGGUGACAAUGAAUGUACUCAGUGCAAACGUUCCGGAACUGAUUGUGUCAUUAAGAAUGAUGACGAAAGGCGGCGACCCAUCUCGAAAGCCUACAUGUCGUCACUCUCGGAACGGAUCGCCUUGCUCGAAGGUCUUCUCGAGGAGAAAGGCGUUGAACCACCGCCGGCGGCUCAUCCACCAAAAACUCGACACGAAGGGCAGAGUAAAUCCUCAGACGAACAGAUCAAGGAUGCCCACAACCAAACGCAGCCCCCCGCACAGCCCUCAACAACAUAUUCGCCUUUGCCAGAGGUGCCUUCACCCCCCGAUUCAGCCAAUGAGGAGUUCUCCAUCCAAGAGAGCGACCAGCAGGCGGCGAGUCAAAAUGGCAAUUCUUCCUCGUACUCCAUUCCGCCGCCCCCCGGCGUCAAAGAAACAUCGCCUUUCCGUAUGCUAGACCCAAGACAAGAGGACAUGGUUCAUCGACUUCUCUCUACCAAGGGUAAUUUGUCCUUCGAUCAGCUCUCUGGACGCAUCCGGUUCUUCGGCCCUACCGCCAACAGCCACGUCUACACAGACACACAAGACCAUCUCGACGCCCGCGAGCCCCCUGAGCAAGUCCGUCGUGCUGAGCGCAUCAUCCGCUCGCUCUCUUCUGAGACGCAUGCUUACCUUAUGGACAACUUCUGGGGCUACUACAACUCGGUUCUCAACAUUAUCCAUCAAGAGGCCUUUGAGGCUGACCGCGAUGCGCAAAGCCCACGAUUCUACUCAAGUUUCUUGCACAUUGCUAUACUCGCCAUGGGCUUCAGAUUCGCCGACUUUGGCCGAGACGACAUGCGACGCAUUACCAUAGGAAGCCGCGAAAGCACCCUCCAUCGCGAGGCAAAGUAUAUGCUCGACAUUGAACUUGAGCGUCCCGGAGGUAUCCCGAGCGUCCAGGCCCUCCUGCUGCUAGGAGACCUGGAGUGCGGUGUCGGCAGAGAUAACACAGGCUGGAUGUAUUCGGGCAUGGCCAAUCGAUUGGCUUUCGACAUUGGCCUUCAUCUCGACUGCCGCGACAAUGGUAUCAGUGAUAUCGAGAUAGAUAUCCGGCACAUGGCCAUGCGGGCUUGCGUCAUCUAUGACAAGUACUGGGCUCUAUUUCUGGGGCGACCUACGAGCAUCAAGAACCAAGACAUCGGCAUGGAUCUCCUAUCCAAACACUUUUCCCAACUCUCGUCCAUGUUACAGGAUGGCACAUCGACACCAGACAAGAAGUCCACUGGUAUUGAAAUUUAUGAGCAGCUCAUUGAAUUGAUGGAGCUUGCUGGCCGUAUCGUGGAGACUCGGGAAAACAAUCGAGUCUCUAGCAGCCGCAACGCCAACAUCUCUCCGGAUCAACAGGGCAUCACAGAUGCUUCGGGCGUCGGCGCCGACGCCGAGGACAAUGCAUACCUGCACGUCAUCAAUCUUGACCGCCAGCUCCAGAACUGGUACCGCCGCUUGCCCGACCACUUGCAAUGGAAGCCUGCCAAUAUCAGGACGGCACCCUACAGUUUCUUUCUUCUGCAUCAGCAGUACCACGUCUCAAUGAUUCUUCUUCACCGUCCCUGGGCCAAGUACGGGGCAUCUGGCGAUGGCGCCAGCACCGGGUCCCAUCCUUCACCAGAGGCUCAUGCGCCCCAAACACCACACGAUCGGGCAGGGCUCCCCUUCGGAGCUAUCAACCCUGUUACUGACCCUCAUGUACUGGGUCUGGGCAUGGGUGAUCCGCAUUCCAUGGUGGACGACAGUCGCACCUCGCUCUCGCGAAGCAUUUGUACUCAGCAGGCCAUUCGCGUAGCUCGCAUCUUCUGGCAGCACCGUCAGCGUUUCGACGGGACGAAGAUCUUCGUCACAGGAAUACAGCAUGCGGGCACGGCUGCCACAGCCCUCAUCGCCGCCCUGGCGCACAACGCCAACCCCACUGACCGAUCGACCUAUCUUGGCUACCUCGAGAUUCUUGCCUGUGCCGUUUCUGACAUGUCCCAUACCUACCACCCAGCUGCACGCAUGGACACGCUGCUGCAGGCUGUCCUCGCCCAAUUGAGGCCGGAAGCUGAAGCUCAGCAGAUGGACCCGUGGUCCGGGCCAUCAAUCCCCGCCCGACGCGACUCCACUGCUCUUGCCGAUGCCAUCGCUCCGGCUUCCAAGCGGAGACGGCCUCCGGGCUCCCGGCGUGCCAGCGAGUUCACACGCCCGCCGCCUCCGUUUUUCGCCCCGGGACCGACGCAGCCUACGCCUCCGCAGAGCAGCCAUUCUUAUGGGGCACGCCAUUACUCCAAUCAGUUGGAUCCAGCCAUGUAUACGCUAAGCAGCACGACUGACACGUCGCAUCCGGGAUUUAGUCUCGAUUUUUUGUCGGGCAGCGCAAUCGACAAUGAUGGCGAUGAAACUAACAGACCUGCGGACGAUUACGUCGUUGUGCCGCCACAAUCGGACGCAUGGUCUCUCACAAGAGUCAGCGGCGGUGAUGGCGGCAACGCCAUCUGGAACGCCGGGCCUGCAGGAUUGAGUGCCAGUUCUGUGCUCGGCGGCGGCGUCGCCCCAAGCAUGCUCUCGCAUGGCCUCUACAGUGGAUCAAGAGGUGAGACAGACGGCCUCAGAGGGUCUAUGGCAAGCGUAGGAGAGAAAGGUCUUGACGACGGCAAGCCGAGAGAAGCGGCAGGGAUGGACUGGAUGGACAGCGAGGGCGGCCUGGACGCGCUUAGUCCUGUGAGCUUGAGCGGGCUCGUGAACAGCGUCACGGCGGACAAGACGAGAGGGACUGAUAUUGAAAGUGGUGGACCGGCACGGAAUCACGACUUGGAUUUCUUCAGCUUCUGA